GCGCGCCGGAGCCCGGAGACUCCCGGCUCCUUCCCCCUCCCUCCGCUCGUGACAACGAAGCGCCCGCGGUCUGAAGCGGCGGAGGCGGUGGUGAAGGUGCUGCCGGCCGAGUGCGCAAGGGAGCCGGCCCUGCGGCCCGCCCUGCCCCUGGCCUCCAGCCCCCUCCUGUCCGCGCUUCCAUUAGGGCCGUUAGUCCGGCGCGAGGGCCGGCCGUGUCGCCACUCCGGGAGCUGCCCUGACGGACCUCGGCGCGGCCUGGAAGCCAGCCUCCGCCCGAGCCCGGGGCCCGCACCCGGCGGGUUCUGCGUGGCCUCGCUCGGCGGGGGGGGGCGGACGGAUCCUUCCGUGCGCGCUUUCUAACGGCCGGCGUCCGAGGAGCGGGCCGGAGUCCGUGUCCGCGCAAGUUCUCCCCGGGCGCCUGAGCAGCCCGCCCGAGGUCCCGAGUUGCUCGACCGACGUGGAGCCGGCGUCUCUCCGCUUCCUCCGGGGCCGGCGCGGCGGCACGGCCGGCGAGGCUCCCCCGAGCGCGCGGGGACCCUGCCAUGGGCCGCGGCGCGGGCCGGCCGCCCGCCGGGAAGCAUGGCUCGGGGGCCGGCCGCUAGCGGCGCCGCAGCCCGGGCGCCCGGGCCGGCAUGAGGACCGCCGCGGGGGGACGAGUGCGGCCCGUGGGGCCGUAGCCUGCGUCGCGCCGGGGACAAAGAAGCCAUGCAGUGACACCCGCUAAGACUUGUUGGUAGCCAUGUCGGAGCCCCACAGGGUCCAGUUCACCUCUCUCCCAGGUUCUCUGAAUCCUGCAUUUUUGAAGAAAUCCCGGAAAGAGGACGUUGGGGGAACAGAACAGCAUCAGGACUCUGAGCCGGCUGCAGCAGCUGUUCGGAUUACACUCACCCUCUUUGAGCCAGAUCACAAGCGCUGCCCAGAGUUCUUCUACCCAGAGCUGGUGAAGAACAUACGAGGGAAGGUGAAAGGCCUUCAGCCCGCAGACAAGAAGAAAGAUCUCUCAGAUCCUUUCAAUGAUGAAGAGAAGGAAAGGCAUAAAGUGGAGGCCCUUGCCCGGAAAUUUGAAGAAAAAUAUGGUGGAAAGAAACGUAGAAAAGAUCGGAUACAGGACCUGAUUGACAUGGGGUACGGUUAUGAUGAAUCGGACUCCUUCAUUGAUAAUUCUGAGGCGUAUGAUGAGCUUGUUCCUGCUUCUUUGACUACAAAGUAUGGAGGAUUUUACAUUAACUCGGGAACUCUGCAAUUUAGACAAGCAUCAGAAUCUGAAGAUGACUUCAUUAAAGAAAAGAAGAAAAAAUCUCCAAAGAAGCGGAAGUUGAAGGAAGGUGGUGAGAAGAUAAAGAAGAAGAAAAAAGAUGACACUUAUGACAAGGAGAAGAAAUCGAAAAAGUCCAAGUUUUCCAAAGCCGGCUUCACAGCUCUCAAUGCCAGUAAGGAGAAGAAGAAAAAGAAAUAUUCUGGGGCUUUGAGUGUUAAAGAGAUGUUAAAGAAAUUUCAGAAGGAGAAAGAUGCUCAGAGAAAGAGGGACGAAGACCACAAGCCCGUAGCGGUCUCGUCGGCGGAAGCUCAGGGCCUGCGGGAAUUGGAGGGCACCUCUGACCCCUUGCUCUCGCUCUUCGGCUCCACAUCUGACAACGACUUGCUCCAGGCGGCCACUGCCAUGGACUCACUGACUGAUUUGGACUUGGAGCAGCUGCUCAGUGAGUCUCCAGAAGGAAGCCCUUUCCGUGAUAUGGAUGAUGAGAGCGAUUCCCUUGGGGUGGGACUGGACCAGGAAUUCAGGCAGCCCUCUUCCCUCCCCGAAGGCCUGCCCGCGCCCCUGGAGAAGCGCGUUAAGGAGCUGGCUCAGGCUGCCAGAGCUGCUGAAGGAGAGAGCAGACAGAAGUUCUUCACCCAGGAUGUUAAUGGCACCCUCUUAGACAUAGAGGUGCAAACUCGGGAGCUGAGUAGCCAAAUCCGUUCUGGGGUAUAUGCCUAUCUUGCUUCAUUCCUGCCCUGCAGCAAAGACACACUGGUUAAACGUGCUCGGAAACUUCACCUCUAUGAACAGGGGGGGCGUCUGAAGGAGCCUCUCCAGAAGCUUAAGGAGGCCAUUGGAAGGGCAAUGCCAGAGCAGAUGGCCAAGUACCAGGAUGAGUGCCAGGCACACACACAAGCCAAGGUCGCCAAGAUGCUGGAAGAGGAGAAAGACAAGGAGCAGAGGGAGCGGAUUUGCUCUGAUGAGGAAGAAGAUGAAGAAAAGGGGGGCAGGAGGAUAAUGGGACCCCGGAAGAAAUUCCAGUGGAAUGAUGAAAUCAGGGAGCUUCUCUGCCACGUGGUGAAGAUAAAACUGGAGAGCUACGAUCUGGAGAGGAAUAACAAGAGCCAGUCUUGGGAGGACUAUGUGAAGGCCUUUCUGGAUGCUGAGGUCAAACCUCUGUGGCCAAAAGGCUGGAUGCAGGCCAGGACUCUGUUUAAGGAGAGCAGACGAGGCCAUGGGCACCUGACAUCAAUCCUGGCCAAGAAGAAAGUAAUGGCCUCUUCCAAAAUCAAGAUGAAGGAAUCAUCUUCUAAGCCUGAUAAAAAGGUUUCCGUCUCAUCCGGCCAGAUUGGCGGCCCCCUGGCUUUGCCUUCAGAACACGCAGGAGGAGGCCUGAGCAUUGGGGCCACAAACAGGGAGCUCUCAUCCCAGGCGUCUGGCAGCCUUGCUAAUCCUGCUCCUAUCAACCUGGAGGACUCGUUGGACGGAGACUUGAUCCAUAAUUCAGCCUCCUCAUUGGAGACUGUGUCUAAGGAACUGGCUGUGCUGAACAGCAGAGCAAGUGGGAGCUCUGAGUUCACACUGCCUGUGCCCCCGAAAGCACCUUCAGAGAAGAUCGCAGGGACCGCAUGUGCAGACGAGAAGAGGAACUUCCCAAAGUCCAACCCUUCCGCCCCACCGCCUUCUAGUUCUCUGCAGUCUCCCCUCAAUUUUCUGGCUGAACAGGCUUUGGCACUGGGGCAGUCCUCUCAGGAGAAAAAACCAGAGAGUUCUGGCUACAAAGAGCUGUCCUGUCAGACUGCGCUCAGCAAGGGCCUGCAGGAAGUGCACCCGUCCAAAGCAAAGCACCACGGCUUGCCACGGACGUCUCACACACCCCAGGCGGCGGCUCCUGUGCCCGGCCCCCACGUGAAAGUGUUUCAUGCGGGUGCUCAACAGCAGAAGAGCUUCACCCCCCCUUCUCCUUUUGUCAAUAAGCUCCAGGGCCCCAAGCCUUCCUCCCCACAGUGCCAUCGUUCCCUCCUCCAGCUUGUGAAGACAGCAACCAAAGGCCAGAGCUUCCAUCCCUCCACGCCAGCCUCUUCAGGAGGCACACCGGCCUCCAGCAGCAACUCUCAUAAGACGCCAGCCUCGUCCUCCACUGCCCUGAGCCAUCCAGCAAAACAGCACUCAGUCAGCUCUUCAGGGCCGUCUUACAAGAAUAGUCCCUUUGCCAGCUCUGUCUCUAAACAUGGGGUUUCUUCUGGCAGCUCUUCCUCUGGAGGAACACCAGUCCAGAGCUCCACUUCCGGGAACCUGCUCCCCGGUGUACAGCCUCCCUCCGCAGGACAGUCUGCCAGCAGACCCGUCCCAGGCUCUGCAGUGAAAAAACCACCCGUUUCCCAGAAGCUGACCCUGGUGGCCCCUCCGGGUGGUCCAAAUGGAGACUCCAGUGGUGGGACCCAGGGAGUGGCAAAGCUACUGACCUCCUCCCUGAAGUCCAGCGCAGUUAGCAGCAUGACAUCGUCUACCUCCUUGCCAAAAGGAACGAGUGGGGCUGUGCUGCUGGCCAGCUCCUCGCCCUUAAAUCUGCUGUCUGCGUCCUACAAGUCCGGUGGCCCGAAGCUGCCUGGAGCCAUGAAUUCCAACUCCCUCGGGAUCAUCUCCCAGUUUCCCCUCCAUGUGGUUUCCUUCAGCGCCGAGUCCUCUGCCAAAGCAGGGGUUUCCAAGGAUGCUAUCGUCACGGGUCCUGCCCCUGGGACGUUCCACCAUGGCCUCAACCAUAGUCUCCUGGCUGGCUUGCACUCCAGCCCACCCCGGGCAGCGCCUCUCCCACACGCUGCCGUGUCCACCCACAUCCCGCAGAGUCUGCCAGAUGCUUCUCAGCUUCAUGGGAAAGGGGCUGGUGUAUCACGGAAAUUGUGACCUCUUCAGAGGAAAGGCCCGCCUAACUUAGGUCUGGGUGGACGCUGACCAAGUAGGUCUCGGAAACUGGAUAAUCACUAUGCUCUUUCUGCCAAUUGGUUUCCUUCCGGCGAAGGUGUGAGCGCUGAGGGGAGCGUCUCUUGGCACUGUGGUGUGCCUUCAGCAAGGGGAGCAGCCCUGGGCUUCUCCGGAGGCACUGACAGGCUUGGUGCCCCGGGCCCCGCGGCUCGGUCAUGGACAAUCGUUGUAGGGGCAGCUCUGGGCUGGGGUGCGUGCUAGGUCAUGUACGAAGCUCUGGUGUCGGGGCAGAGCAGGGCACACCUAUUUUAAACCUGCUUGACCCCAGCAUUUGGUCAGAGUACCUCAUGGUGCCCUCCUGAUCAGGGACUCCUUCUGGCCACAGUGGGAUCCCUGACAGUCAUGGUGUCCGUCCCAUCCUCAGGCUGUGUGCUCAACAGGACAAAAACCCAGGCUGACACACAGCUGGGAGACUUACCUUGUCUUUUUGAAAAACACUCAGAACACCUAAUGCGUGCUCAUCGUGGUGGGGGCCAGCUUCUCUGCUGAACAUGACAAUGAAGCUCUUUCAGAGAAAAGACCUUUGUAGAUUCAACAAUUGUGACAGGAUUUUUAAAGACACUUAUUUUGGUCCAUGUUUCAUUAUUACCAUUAAUGCAUUGGAUAGAAUGGGACUGCUUUCCGCAUGUCAUGUUAUAGUAAGACAUAAUUCCAGUGCCUUUAUGGUGGAGCAGAAUUAGACACACGUCCAUUCAGCCCUCUGAGUGGAUCUCAGAUAAAGACUUUUUAAAAAAGAUAUGUCUGUAUUUAAGACAUAGCCAGUUUGAGUUUUUUACAGUUGCACAUCCUAAUCUGUGCCGUCCUGACUUGAAGGUCAUCUGGGCCCCCAGGUCCCAGUAGAGCCAGGGCCCCCAUUUUGUUUUUCAGAGUUCAUUCAGGUGGACUGAAGAGCCCCAAAGCCCUUCAUCUCUGAGGGCCAAGGAUACAAGGGGUUCCAAGUCACAGACAUUCCAGUUUGUUUUAUUUAGAAACCAUUCUCAGGCAGAGCUGCGGGAACAGGCCCCUGUGAAGCGUCUGCCGUGUAGAAACGGGCCUUGACGUCCUAGGGCUUUCCAGGCGGCAGAGCUGUGCGCUGACUUGAGGGUGGAGCGCUGAUGAACUUGGAGAGUGCGUCAGUGACAGACUAGGACAGCUGCCUGUAGUGCACUCCACCAGCGGCUGCUUCACAAGGACGUUUGGGGCGCUUGCCAGUCCUGUGAAGUGUGCACCGCAAGGCCCGUCUGAACUGACCCCUUCAGCUAAGUGAUUGCAAAUAUGUUAAGGGUCAGCAGCCUCCUCAGAAUGUACAGGCAGCUCUCUCGGUCCCUGCCUUCCAGGGUACAGUGCUCAGUAACUCACCAUUCAUGCAGAAGUUUGCCGAGUUUCCAGCGGAGCAAGACCUCUAUCAGCUAUCCAGCUAGGCCUCUGGGUUUUUUGUUUUGUUUUGUUUUGUUUUUUUGUUUUGUUUUAACGUAAGAACCAACAUGUGUUUCACAUCUGGCUAAAGUGGAUUCCUUAUCCCUUCAUUGUAUCUAUUUUUUGAAUCUUGGGUUUCCAGUUUGUUUACAGAGUAGUCUUAGGUAGUAGCAAAAGAGCCAAAGAAGAGAUUUGUAUUGCUGAGCUCAGAGCCUUGCAGAGGCCUUCCGUGAGCACUGAGCAGUGGGAACUCUCCAGGCUUCUCCGCCCAAGAACACCCAAGGUCCCUUCCCUGCAGCGCUCGCUCCCUCCUCCCCGUGUACCAUUGAGUGUGCAGCUGGAGCUGAAUACCCUCAUUUUUAGGAAUCUAGUGAUGCCUCUUGCCUCAGGGAAAUGUUUCUUUGAUGGGGAGUUUAUGAGAUUUCUUUUUCUUCUGUAUGCUUUAUUUGUGGUAACGAAAGAGUGAAUGACCUAAACAGCCAUGGCCGGGCAGACGGGCUCCCGGGGCCUGGGGCUGCGGCGCUUUCCUUGGCGCAGCCGUUCCUUAGGUGUGAGAGGGGCUGUGGCUUUUGUGCUGCGGCGCGAUGAUGUUGGUAUGGGGGGGCGGGGGGUGGAAAUUGUUAAUCUUGUAUAAAGCAACUCAAUAAAUUGUUUCAAGGUUUCCAAAA